AUGGCAGGCAGGGUGUUGCUGGCGCUGGUGGGCGUCAGCUGGGGGGUGGCAGCAGGAGAGACGACGAACACAAGCAACACGACGACAAUGACGAUACCAGCAGGAACAGUCAUGUUCUCGGACCUUUACUGUACAGGAGACAGCACGUUCGUUCCUGCAGAUACGUGCCUAAAGCUCGGCUUCGACGAGUGGCAGGGAGAGUCGUUCUAUUUCCAGUGCUCCUGCAAGAAAUGUCAGUCCGACCAGUGCACGACGAGCGAUUGUGUUGACUGCGGUCAAUAUAUGUCUGGAGUCUGGUUCAAGCCGCCCCAGUCAUGGCUGCCGAUGUUGCAUUGUGGAGUCUAUCUCAGAAAUGGAUGCGGGGUAGACUCAGAAUGGCCUGGCGAAGCAUGCGUGACGACUAAGAUGGAGGCUGGUCGAUGUUUCAAUCUCAACAGCAUCUGCAUCACAGGAUUGCAGAAUGAUCCUACCAUCUGCGAGUCUCCUGACAUCAUCUUCCAAAAUGGCGGCAAGAAGCCAUGUUUCAAGAGUUUGCUCACCACCAACUUCAUGUGCCCUGGAUGGGACCUGUUCGGAUAG